AUGUCACCGCCACCAGGCCCAGCGAUGGAGUUUCUCGGUCGUGUGGCCUACGAGAUGGAGACGAUGCGACCGCUGCUACCCACCUACCUACAUCUCCUCAUAUCGGCGAUCUUUCCCAUCUACACUGCGGCCCAUGCCUCGCUGUCGAGACCACCAUCCGCUGCCCGUCGAAAAGGCAAGAAGCGCAGCUCUGAUGACGACGAGGCCGAUGAAAACGAGUCGCAGCAGAUCGAGAGCCUGACACCUUCAGACGCCCUUCUUUUCCCACUUUUGGCUGGUGGGACCCUGGCUUCUCUGUACUUCAUUCUUAAAUGGCUUCAGGACCCGGCCUGGCUGAACUGGGCUUUGGGCAUCUAUUUCUCUCAGUUGGGCUUGUUCUUUGCGGUCAAGUUCCUGAAGGACAUGUUCAGCGUCGCUCGCUCACUUUGUUUCCCUACCACCUACUCACUAGGAGGGUCGGUAUGGAGGGUUGACGAGCAAGAGCAAUACUACAGGAGUGAGGACGGCAGGACGACAACUUCGCCCUUUCCUGGGUAUCUGCGGGCACUUCCAUUCCCCCAAGCCGUGACCCGGAAGAUCUGGAAACUUAGAGGCCUCCUGUACGCAAGAGCGAGACUUAACUUACAUCUCCAUGGCUUCAUUACCGUCAAGAGAUCGAUCGACGUCCUGGAUGUGGCAAGUCUGGUUCUCUCUUGCGCUAUUGUGUACUAUCACGGGUUUGUGUCCAAGCCAUGGUUCCUCACCAAUUUUCUCGGCUUCUCGUUCUGCUACGGGUCUUUGCAGUACAUGACUCCGACGACUGCCUGGACAGGGACGCUUGUUCUAGGCGCUCUAUUUCUCUACGACAUCUACUUCGUCUUCUUCACGCCAAUGAUGGUAACAGUGGCCACGAAAUUGGAUGUCCCAAUCAAACUGCUGUUUCCCAGACCCGACGGAUGUGUUUUGCCCGUAGGGACGCCUGAAGGGUCACCGGCUAUGGAAGAAUACCUGCAGUGUCUAGCAAAGAAGAGAACCAUGGCAAUGCUCGGCCUGGGAGAUAUUGUGGUUCCCGGAAUGAUGCUCGCCUUCGCAUUGAGAUUCGACUUGUACCUGUACUAUCUGCGACAGAGCGACGCAAAACACAAGUCUAGCGGCGACCAACCUGCAGAACAAAGUGAGGAGAAGCCCUUCUACGUGAAUGCCCGAGGAAGUUGGGGUGAGCGGUUUUGGACCAGUUCCAAGUUGUGGGCACAGGAGAUCAAGGCGAAGCAGUUUCCCAAACCAUACUUCUAUGCUACAGUCUUUGGCUAUCUGGCCGGUAUGUGUACGACAGUCGGCGUGAUGCAGGUGGCACAACAUGCUCAGCCUGCAUUGCUGUACUUGGUCCCUGGAGUUCUCCUGUCACUCUGGGGCACAGCGUUGGUCAAAGGAGACUUCAAGGCCUUGUGGCAGUAUACGGAGCUUCAGGAUGACGAAAAGAAGACUGCUAAUGAUGGGACUAAGGACACCGACGGCAUUCAGCAGACCAAAGGUGUCGAGAACGGCGAGGAGCAGACAGUCGACAAAGAUGCAGGCAAAGGUGACGGACAAGAGCUCGAGCUUGUCAAAGCGCCAGAGACGGAGGCGGAUACUCGAAAGCCUGGAAAGGAGAGCCAGGAGAGUCAAUGCCACCAGCUUGUUUACUUCUCGAUUAGUCUGCCCGAACAGUCCCGCGAAAGAGAAGAAGGGUCCGCCAUGCAGAAAAACACGAAUGGUUCUGCCGAGAGUAAAGAUGGCGAACGGGAGGGUGACGGCAACCCUCCUGCGAAAAAAGCACGACGAGCAUGA